AUGGAGCCGAUGUCCACCGAAGAGGAAAGUUACGCCAACAAGGAACAGGGCCAAGUGAUGACAUGCUUUUGGGGCCAUUUAUUGUGUGCAGAACUCUUAUUUGAACACGAUCCAUUGGGAUGUGCAUCAAAUGGCACGUUUUCUUCCAUGCUGGAGACUAGCUUGGCUCGAGAGAACAGAAAUGUCACUGCAAUUCUACUCCAAGGAGCAAUUUCCCAGAAUUUUGAUGCCAAAGACCUUGAAGGCGCAUUCAAAUACGCCUGUAGGAUGGGUCAUAGUGAGUUUGUGCAAAGUGUCCUCGAACAUUUUGAGCUCAGUAACUGGCCCGGUGCAUUCAUUUUGGCAGCAGAUCAAGGAAGAGGUUCCGUUGUCUCUGCUCUAUUGCGGAAUGGAGCCGAACUUAACAGCCGUGACAAAAAUGGCAAUCUGGCAUUAGACAUCGCGAUUCAAAAUGUCAGGAAAUAUAGAAAUCACGUCAAUUGUACAAAGAAUCCGCCGAGCUGGAUGGGGGUACUCAAUAUUCUUCUUCGUGAAGGAGCAGAUACGGAUGAUCUGACAAGCAAGAUCAAGGAAAAAUCUCUCAUGAAAUUCCUGAAUUCGCCAAUUUUGAGCUCUGGAAAACACUAA